AUGUCAACUCGCAAAGUCUACACAGGCGGAAAGCGGAAGCUCGUGCUAGCGUUCGACUUGGGCACUACCUUCAGUGGGGUGUCUUUCGCUAUCUUGGAUCCUGGCAAGGUCCCCAGGAUUCAGACGGUGUCCCGAUAUCCUGGGCAGGAGACCGGGGACGCCAAGAUCCCGACCGUUGUAUACUAUGACAAGAAUGGCAAUGCCUUAGCAAUGGGUGCUGAAGAGCCUCAGAUAGUUGAGACAGACGGCGACGAUGAGUGGGAGGACGAACCACUGAAGCUAGAAUGGUUCAAGCUGCUGCUUCGUCCUACCGAUACAUCUCUCGCGUUGACAGCCGGCAUCCCCGCCCCUCAGCUUCCUGCAAAGAAAACCAUUGUCGAUGUGUAUGCCGACUUCUACGGCUACCUGUUCAGAUGCGCUCGAGAGUUCAUUCAGCAGACACACACCGCGCUCGGCACACUGGUCUGGCAGUCCAUGCAAGGUGACGUUGAGGUCGUCCUUAGUCACCCUAAUGGAUGGGGCGGGCCCCAACAAGGCAUCAUGCGCCGUGCUGCUAUUCAAGCGGGCAUCGUUCCCGAUACUCCCGAAGGGCGCUCUCGGAUCACGUUUGUAUCUGAGGGAGAAGCUGGACUUCAUUUCUGCGUAUCGAGCGGACUCGUCUCCGAAGAAAUCCAGGCCAACAAGAACGUCAUGAUUAUUGAUGCGGGCGGAGGCACGGUGGACAUCAGCACUUAUGCAUUCAAGACCGUCGAGCCCGUCAAAGUCGAGGAGAUCGCGGUCCCGAGUUGUCUCCUUGAAGGCUCCGUGAUCGUUCGGCGACGCGCGGAGACACUGAUCCGAACGAAGCUUGGAAGGUCCAAGAAGUUCAAUGCUGAGUCUUAUGUGCAAGCAAUCGUGCAAGAAUUCGAUAAGGUAGCGAAGAAGAGAUUCAAGGGUUCGGGCGACGCGAAUGUCAAAUUCAGUAACCUUAUCACUGAUCGCGAGGUCGAGGUCGGUAUCCGGAAUGGUUCCCUCAAGUUUACGAGGGAUGAAUUGUGCUCUUUGUUCGAUCCGGCCAUCUCGGCCAUCGUUUCGGCUGUCAAGGCCCAACGGCGUGCGGCUAUCAUGCACGGAAAUGUCAGAACAUUCUUUCUCGUCGGCGGUUUCGCGGCUAGCGAAUACCUAUUUGACCAGCUUAAGGCUCUACUCGAAGGCGACAAUCUUGCCCUUUAUCGCCCGGAUGCUCAUACGAAUAAGGCAGUUGCAGAGGGUGCUGUGUCAUACCACAUCGACCAUUACGUAGCCGCACGCGUGGCCCGCUGGACUUACGGUGCACAUACGAUCACUCCGUACCGCCCCUAUCUCGCGACUCAUGCUCGCCGCGCGCACUUGGUCUUUGCUGACGCAACCGGCGCGAUCAUGCUGGACAAGUCCUUCAUGCCUGUCCUUGACAAGGGAGUGCAGGUCGCCGAGACGAAAGAGUUCCGCAGAAAUGUCCGUUUCGCUGGUACCAAGACGCUGAAAAACACCGCCGUUUCACUUAAGGUUCUGGCGUAUCGUGGUGCAUCCUCUGUCCCAGCAUUCAUCGACGAUGACGAAGCGUCGUUCGUCACACUGUGCACGGUAACUGGUGUCUUGACCAACAUCCCCAGCACUCAAGGAUUUUUGCCUAACAAGGCGAAGCCUCCGACGCCAGUCUCAACGAGCACUGCCACAGCGGGCGGGAAGAAGAAGAAACAGAAGCAUCGUCAACCAGACUACUUCACUCAGUCUGUGGACGUCGUGCUAUCUUUUGGGAUGACGGAGCUCAAGGCGGAGCUGGCUUGGAAAAGAAAGGGCGUUGAACACCGGAGUCCAGCAAAUGUCAUUUACGAAGAUGACUUCGCGGUCACCGUCGCUGGCUGA